CGGAAGUGGAGUCCAAAACGGAUCAGCUCUGACGGUUUUGAGGGUUUUCUCAGAUAAAAAGAUGCAGCUAAACUUCACUAAAGAUGUUUUAUCGGACUCUGUCAGCACCGACUUUCAGAACCUGAACAAACUAAACGAGCAGCAAUUUCUUCGUCUGAUUGAAAUUCUGUUCCAGUUCCUGCUAGAGCCUAAAGAGCAGUUCAAACUAAGCGCCAUGAAGAAAAGCCUGACAGCCGAGCAGAUCAGAGAGGACCUUGUGUCAUUAGGGCUAAACGAGGACAAGGCGGCUCACUUUUCACAACAGUGGGGGGAGCACUCUGCAGCGCUGUGCAGACUCGCUGUGGGACAGACUCUGAUGGUCAACCAGCUGGUGGACAUGGAGUGGAAGUUCGGAGUGACUGUCGGCACCAGUGAAGUACAAAAAGUGGGCAACAUCUUUCUUCAGUUGAAGCUGGUGGUCAGAAAGGGGAAUUCCACUGAAAACGUUUACAUGGAGUUGACGCUCCCACAGUUUUACAACUUCCUACAUGAAAUGGAGAGAGCCAAGGCCAGCAUGGAGUGUUUCAGCUGAGUGUGUGUGUGUGUGUGUGUGUGUGUGUGUGUGUGUGUGUGUGUGUGUGUGUGUGUGUGUGUGUGUGU